CUCAAAACUACUGGCAUUUAUAAUUGUUUAUAGACAAUAGGACUAUUCUAAUGCAUAUCUAGGGGGAUAUGCUCCUUUCGAUUCCGCGAAGCAUGAGGUCAACAACAAUGUCACGUGCAGAGAGCCUUAUCGUGGUGUUUGUGGUAAUCACUCUAUGCCGGCCAGCAACAACACAGACUUCAUCUUUUGGUAUAGACUCAACAGACGCUAGUCAAAGCUUUGAUGGUACCGAGAUACAGACCUCUGUUCCAGGUACGGAUGCAACAAAACUGUCAUCCGACCCAGAACAAGUUGCAACAAUACAGACAUCAGUCCCCGAACAAGUUGCAACAAUACAGACAUCUGUUCCAGAACAAGUUGCAACAAUACAGACAUCUGUUCCAGAACAAGUUGCAACAAUACAAAUAUCAACUUCUGAUAUUGUUGGAUCAAGACAUACAUCUAUUCCAGAACAAGUUGAAACAGUACAGACCGCUAUUCCAGAACAGGUUGCCACAAUACAAACAUCUGUUCCAGAACAAGUUGCAACAAUACAGACAUCUGUUCCAGAACAAUUUGCAACAAUAAUGACAUCAGUCCAAGAACAAGUUGCAACAGUAAUGACAUCAGUCCCAAAACAAGUUGCAACAGUAAUGACAUCAGUCCCAGAACAAGUUGCAACAAUACAAACAUCUGUUCCAGAACAAGUUGCAACAAUACAAACAUCUGUUCCAGAACAAGUUGCAACAGUAAUGACAUCAGUCCCAGAACAAGUUGCAACAGUAAUGACAUCAGUCCCAGAACAAGUUGCAACAAUACAGACAUCUGUCCCAGAACAAGUAGCAACAAUACAAACAUCUGUUCCAGAACAAGUUGCAACAAUAAUGACAUCAGUCCCAGAACAAGUUGCAACAGUAAUGACAUCUGUUCCAAAACAAGUUGCAACAGUACAAACAUCAGUCCCAGAACAAGUUGCAACAAUACAAACAUCUGUUCCAGAACAAGUUGCAACUGUAAUGACAUCAGUCCCAGAACAAGUUGCAACAAUACAAAUAUCUGUUCCAGAACAAGGUGCAACAUUAAUGACAUCAGUCCCAGAACAAUUUGCAACAAUACAGACAUCUGUCCCAGAACAAGUUGCAACAAUACAAACAUCUGUUCCAGAACAAGUUGCAACAAUACAAACAUCUGUUCUAGAACAAGUUGCAACAGUAAUGACAUCAGUCCCAGAACAAGUUGCAACAAUACAAACAUCAGUCCCAGAACAAGUUGCAACAGUAAUGACAUCAGUCCCAGAACAAGUUGCAACAAUACAGACAUCUGUUCCAGAACAAGUUGCAACAAUACAAACAUCUGUCCCAGAACAAGUUGCAACAGUAAUGACAUCAGUACCAGAACAAAUUGCAACAAUACAAACAUCUGUUCCAGAACAAGUUGCAACAGUAAUGACAUCAGUCCCAGAACAAGUUGCAACAAUACAGACAUCUGUCCCAGAACAAGUAGCAACAAUACAAACAUCUGUUCCAGAACAAGUUGCAACAAUAAUGACAUCAGUCCCAGAACAAGUUGCAACAGUAAUGACAUCUGUUCCAAAACAAGUUGCAACAGUACAAACAUCAGUCCCAGAACAAGUUGCAACAAUACAAACAUCUGUUCCAGAACAAGUUGCAACUGUAAUGACAUCAGUCCCAGAACAAGUUGCAACAAUACAAAUAUCUGUUCCAGAACAAGGUGCAACAUUAAUGACAUCAGUCCCAGAACAAUUUGCAACAAUACAGACAUCUGUCCCAGAACAAGUUGCAACAAUACAAACAUCUGUUCCAGAACAAGUUGCAACAAUACAAACAUCUGUUCUAGAACAAGUUGCAACAGUAAUGACAUCAGUCCCAGAACAAGUUGCAACAAUACAAACAUCAGUCCCAGAACAAGUUGCAACAGUAAUGACAUCAGUCCCAGAACAAGUUGCAACAAUACAGACAUCUGUUCCAGAACAAGUUGCAACAAUACAAACAUCUGUCCCAGAACAAGUUGCAACAGUAAUGACAUCAGUACCAGAACAAAUUGCAACAAUACAAACAUCUGUUCCAGAACAAGUUGCAACAGUAAUGACAUCAGUACCAGAACAAGUUGCAACAGUAAUGACAUCAGUCCCAGAACAAGUUGCAACAAUACAAACAUCUGUCCCAGAACAAGUUGCAACAGUAAUGACAUCAGUCCCAGAACAAGUUGCAACAAUACAGACAUCUGUCCCAGAAAAAGUAGCAACAAUACAAACAUCUGUUCCAGAACAAGUUGCAACAAUAAUGACAUCAGUCCCAGAACAAGUUGCAACAGUAAUGACAUCUGUUCCAAAACAAGUUGCAACAAUACAAACAUCUGUUCCAGAACAAGUUGCAACAGUAAUGACAUCAGUCCCAGAACAAGUUGCAACAGUAAUGACAUCAGUCCCAGAACAAGUUGCAACAGAAAUUACAUCAGUCCCAGAACAAGUUGCAACAGUAAUGACAUCAGUCCCAGAACAAGUUGCAACAAUACAAACAUCUGUCCCAGAACAAGUUGCAACAGUAAUGACAUCAGUCCCAGAACAAGUUGCAACAAUACAAGUAUCUGCUCCAGAACAAGUUGCAACAAAAAUGACAUCAGUCCCAGAACAAGUUGCAACAGUAAUUACUUCAGUCCCAGGUCAAGUUGCAACAAAACAAGUAUCUGCUCCAGAACAAGUUGCAACAAAAAUGACAUCAGUUCCAGAACAAGAUGCAACACUACUGACAUCUGUUUCAGAACAAGUUGCAACAAUGCAAACAUCAACUUCUGAUAUUGUUGGCACAAUACAUACAUCUGUUCCAGAACAAGUUGCAACAAUACAAACAUCUUUUGUAGAACAAAUUGCAACAAUACAAACAUCUAGUUCUGAUGUCGGUGCAACAAUACACACCUCUGUUCCAGAACAAUUUGCAACAAUAUUGACGUCAAUCCCAGAACAUGUUGCAACAUUACAUACAUCUGUUCCAAAUCAAUUUUCAACAAUACAAAGAUCUACUUCUGAUAUUGUUGGCACAAUACAUACAUCUCUUCCAGAACAAGUUGCAACAUCACAUACUAGCUCAUCACAAGAUGUGUCAAAAUUCUCAAGUCUUUCUAUGCAAUCCGCCUUGCUAUCAUCAAAUUAUGAAACUUUUGCCACCUACAUUGAGUUGAGUUAUUCAACUUAUGCCCAAACUUCCACACUAACAGUUCGAUCAACUAGCAUGUUACAUUCGGAAUCGUCUUCAACGUUUAUCAUGACGUCAGCUUCCGGCACGCCUUCCGUGCACUUUUCAACGCAGCCAGCGACACCGGAAGUGAUCACCUCAACUGAGGUUAAAGCCACUAGUACUCUCAUUUUUUCACAAACUUCCUCCAUCUACUCGCAGAACACCUCUGACGUCACCCCAAGUACGACCUCUGACGUCACAACGACUCACCCCACCACACAACCAACAAAGACUACCACUGACUUUCCUUCGUCUGAACAAAGGACAUUUUACCGCUAUGGCCUUGCAUAUGGUGACAGGAAAUUGAACCUCGAGUGGGGGGCACUCAGUGAGGCCAUUUACUUCAGCACAGGUGUUCCGUUUGGUCCAGAUCUCAAGUACUUUGGUCACGUUUCUAUUGACGGAGCCAUCACAUUUGGGGAGCCAUGGAGACUGCCUAACCCUGACCUUGAAUUUGCCUAUUCUCGAGGCCUCUCCAUUCUGUCACCCUUCUGGUCGUACGUAGAUCCGUACAAUGAGAGAACGGAAGUGUUCUACCACCUGUACGAGGCUGUUAGAACAACUGGCACCAACUUCUCCUCACCAUUAUUGAUGGAUGUUCUAGACAGAGCUUCUAGUGAUGUUAGAGAGUUCUACCAUGGAGCAGACACAAGGUACUUCAAUGCCACAACUGUUCUGGUGGUGACGUGGGUGGAUGUCAAGCCUUAUUCCUGGUACUCCUGGUACUGUCUGAACAAGCAGGACCCUAAGAGUCACAAAGUACAGUCCUAUUGCAACUCACAGGCAGAGACCAAUACGUUUCAAAGUGUUUAUGUGACGGAUGGUGAAACUGGAUACGUUAUCACAAUCUAUCAGGCUGGAGGAAUGCGCUGGAAGUUUGAUAAAAACAGACCGGUUGCCGUGGGGUUUGUGACUAAAGAGAAGAAAAAAGAUUACGGUGCGACAAAGUCAAAGUUUUCCACAGCUCUGGGCACUGUGAUUGGCAAUACAGGCCUCGUAGGAACCUUCUUCGACCUGGUGGGUCAAACAGACAACCCAGCACAAAAAUGUUCCAGUUUUUACACCAGGAAUCAGUUCCUGCUGGGUGACUCUCAGUUCAAACAACACAUCAGGCAGCUGUUUGACUGCCCGUGUACAAUGGACAGGCUCGGCAGACAGUGGUGGCGUGUGGACACUAAUCAAACUGACGAUAAGAUUUAUUGUUACGCUAUUUCACCCCUUCACAUGGGUAAACUCUUUCCUGGGAAUUAUUUAAACAAGCUGUGUUGCUAUUUAUUUACUCCCCCACCUGGUAAACAACGACGGAACUGGAACCGGGCGAGACGCCAAGCUCCAUACAUCUCUGGUCAGAUUCUCACACAGAACCCGUUUGAGGGAUGGGGCGAUGUGCGCAAGUAUGUGGAAGAGGAUUUGAACCCUCAGCAGUGGUGUUGUCAGCAGGCCAGCAAGGAUUUCUGUGACCUUUACGGCCAGGUGAGGCCAGAUCUGGGAUGUUCGUCUGAGGCUGAGUACUUAACAGCUACUUUCUGGGGUGACCCCCACAUCACCACGCUGGACAACAAGAAGUACAGUCUGAAUGGAUGGUGUGAGUACACCCUGUUGGAGGUACCUGAAGCUCACCUGACCAUCCAGGUAAGGACUGACAGAGCUCUAAAUAUAAAUGGGACAUUGACCAACGCAACAGUUUUUGUGGCUUUAGCAGCAAGGGAGGGUAACUCUUCCCAGGUUCAAGUUGAGUUGUCUCUUAAUAAAACUUCCAUGGUGAUUCUUGUGGAUAGCAUGGAUAUCACAAAACAGUUUUAUGCCUCAGAAACCUACAAGACCUUCAUAGAAAACAGUUUUACACUGGAGCGAGACCAGAGCCUUGAUGAAACAACUUUAAUUAUUGGAUUUACUUCAGGUGUAAGCUUAAAAGUGUCCAUGGGUGUCAGGUGUCUGGAGUUUUCUGUUGAGGCCAGUAUAAGUCUGAAGGGGAAGUUGCAUGGACUUCUGGGUAAUUAUAAUGGUAAUGUCACAGACGAGUUUACAUUGCCAGAUGGCACAGUGCUGACAGAGGCUGAAACCAACACAGAAAGAAAAAUAUUUGAAAACUUUGGCAAAAAAUGGGAAGUAACUCCAAACAACACCAUCUUCAAAUAUGGCCCUGGUGAAACUGCUGCUAACUAUAGCCAUCCAGAGUUUGUUCCCUUGUUCCGUGAGGACUUUGAUGUGAAAAAACUGAGUGAAGCCGAAGCCUUCUGUGGGGAAGACGAUGCGUGUACAUUUGAUUAUCUGCUGACUGGGGACCCAGUGUUUGCCACCUACUCCAACAGCACAAGUCAAGAAUCAUCGGAAACUGCCCAAGCUCUCAGAAACAAUAACCCAAAUUUAACCAUUGCUGGUGGGCUGAAUGAUAACAACCAAUGGGAAGUGACAGCUGGACGGAACAACUCCAUCAAAGUGACAGCUUUUGAUGCUGAUGGAGACAAUGUCACAUUUUUUGUUCUUGAUGACCCAGUUGGAGUAACAAUUUUAAAUGAUGGAACAAUUGUCUAUGUUCCUGAUGAGAACAACCCUGUGGUAAUUCGGAUACAAGCAAAAGACAGCAAAGAUGGCUACUCUAAUGUGAUCACGGUCAGCACCGCCAUCUGCAGCAACUGUAGCGGACACGGAACUUGUAAGAAAGACUUGGCGGCAGUUAGCAGCCCUCUUUACACUGUCUACACCUGUCAAUGUUUUCCUGCAUUUACAGGGAGCAUCUGUAACCAGACCUACAACGCUUGUCGUGAUGACCCAUGCAUGUUGGGGCAGGAGUGUUUUGACCUGACCCCUGAUGAGCAAGGAUUCAACACCACUGGCUACAGGUGUGGUGCCUGCCCCAGUGGGUAUGAGAUGGUUGGCGGAGUUUGUACAGACAUUAAUGAAUGUGAUGGUGCCAACCUCUGCCAGCAGAACUGUACAAACACAGAGGGCGCCUAUCUUUGUGAAUGUAACCAUGGUUACAUACUUAACAAGGACAAAAAAACAUGUGAUGAUAUCAAUGAAUGUAAUAGGGGCACUAGUCCCUGUGACCAGCUAUGUGAGAACACUGUAGGCUCUUUUUCCUGUGGCUGCUUGUCUGGCUACACUCGUGUAAACAGUACACAGUGUGUACAAGGUUGGAAAAUUGUUGCAUUUUUUAACUUUUGA